CCAGGCUUGUGUAUAGACUUGACCGAUGCUCCAGAUGGAGUUAAGGAUUGUCUCGUCAAAACUCAGCAAAUGGCACUGAAUCCUCUAAUCCAGACGAAAGUUCAACACUCAAUGCCAAUGAGAGUCAGUGAGUCACAAUCGAGUUCUUUGAACAUUAAGUCAGUUAUCAGGGGUGCUAAAGAGGGAGAGUUGAGUGACCCCGUAGAAGUGCUCAAAUACCUACAGAAGGAGAUAGUAGCUGGAAGACCCUUAGAAGUCACCAGCUCAGAAGACACCAUUGAAGGAGAAACAAAUUACAUAACAGUUGACAGAGACAAUAUAAUAGAAACAACAUAUAUCCAACUACAAUAUAUAUCCAACUACAGACUGACAUUCCAGGUGGACUUUAUGGGAGAGGAAUGUAUAGAUUAUGGUGGGCCACGAAGAGAAUGGAUAAGAUUAAUGAACCAAGCCAUAAAACAAAAAUACUCUGACCAUAGUUUAAGGCCAUCGUUGACAGAAGAUUAUUUUAAUGUUGGAAUAAUGAUGGCAAUAGCCAUGCUUCAAAAUGGCCAGCUGCCUUGGUUUGUAGAGGAGGAUAUUCUGCAGCAAAUUGUUUCUGAAGGCAUGUGUUUGGAUCCUUGUGUUGCCAAACUUCAACAAGGUCUCGAAGCUAAGUGCUGGGAAUGUUAUCAGCCCUUCAGGAGCUGCCAAUGUUGAUUCAUCUCCUGAGACCUCAAGGACAGCAGAAGCUUGGAGUACAAAUGCUGCUUCACAUUUUGAAGCCACAGUUUUCAGAGGAGGGGUCUAAUGCACUCAAAAAGGAAAAAGAAGUUUAUCAACUCUUUGUUAGAUAUCUUCGUGAAGUAGCAGCUUCCAGGAGGGUAUGUGGAAAGACUACCCUCAAUUUGAGUCAUAUUCUUCAAUUUGCCACUGGUUCACCAGAGGAACCCGUCCUUGGUUUUACGCUUGCUGCGUCGUUGAAGUUCAUAUUACCCACAGAAUUGAAAGUUACAAGUCAGCAAGGACUUAGUGAAGGGCAACACCCAAAUGUGGAGGGUGCCAGGCUUCCUGCCUCUAGCUCAUACCUGCACCAAUUUGCUUCAGGUUCCAAGACCGACUGAUGCAUUGCCUUUGCCCUCUACCCAGAGACUGUUUGCCCUGUAUGACUUGGCAUUCUCGCAGUGUUAUUGUGGCAAAAAGUAA